UUAUUGUAUUUUUUUUCUGUGUCGCAUAAAAUCUUGAUUUUUCGAAAAAAAAUACUACUUUGUUAAAUUUAUUAUUGUUGUUAAUUAAAUUUUGUUUAAAAAAUCUUGAAAAACUACUUUCGCAACAAAAUAAAUUCAAACGAAUGGCUUGGAUUUCACAAGGUCCGUUUCGGAAAAAAAUUCUGAAUGUCAAUGAAUUUCCCACCGCUAGAAAUUACGGAGGCAGAUCACCAUUUUCCCGUUCGCAUGUAAUUUACAUAUUUGUUGUUCUAUGUGUCCUCCAACAAAUGAUUCCAAAUGUCGAAGCCAGAGGUCCUUGCAAUGAGGAUCAAUUCGCCUGCAAAGAUGGUCGUUGCAUUUCGAAGACAAAAAUGUGUGAUGGUCGCUACGAUUGUUCGGAUAAUUCUGAUGAAAUUGAUUGUGACUUUAAAAUGUGUCGCAAACCGAAUUGGUUUCAGUGUACUCUGCCAAAUGGUCCUUGCCUCUCAUCGGAUCUUUUGUGUAAUGAUGUUGAGAAUUGCCCCGGCGGUGAAGAUGAACAGCAUUGUGCCCAUCAUGAACGUAGUGGUGCCUCCGACUUUGGCAUAGGUGGCUGGUUAACGGUUCAUCGAAAUUGUACCCAAUUUGAGUAUACCUGCAAAUCAGACAAACUAUGUAUACCGCUAAAUUUUAUGUGUGAUGGAAAGCGUGAUUGUGCCGAUGAUUCGGAUGAGAUUGCCGGUUGCCUUCGUGCAGAGGCAAGUUGUACGGGAUUUUUCUGUGCCAACAAACGUUGUUUGGAGAGUAAGAAAUGGGUUUGUGACGGUGUCGACGAUUGCGGCGACGGCAGUGAUGAGAAGAUUUGUGCCGAUGACUGUACUCCGGAAAUGGAAAAAUUUCUCUGUGGCAACAAUAUGACUUGCCUGCCGCUGGAAAAAGCCUGUGACGGUGUCAUUGAUUGUCCCGAUCGUACCGACGAAUCAUUUCGUUGCAAUCAAACAGCCAACAGUUGUCAAAAUAAAAAAUGUCCCCCAGCUGCCAAAUGUAAAAUGAUGCCACAAUCGGGAGCGGAAUGUAUAUGUCCAAGGGGUUUCAAACAUUCGCUGGCCCAAGAUGUAUGCGUGGACAUUGAUGAGUGUGUCGAACAAUUUGGUGUCUGCAGUCAGAUGUGUAUCAACACCUUGGGUAGUUAUCGCUGUCAGUGUGACGAAGGUUAUGUACUGAAGGAGGAUAAUCGAACGUGUGAGGCAGUCGGUGAAGAGGCUUUACUGCUGUAUACGACCCAAGUGACGGUGAUGGGCGUGAAUUUGCGUUCGCGCCGUGUCUAUACAGUGGCUAAGAAUCUGACUAAGGUUAUAGGCGUGUCAUACAACGGUGAGCAUAUCUACUGGACCAACAUACAAAACGAAGGUGAAAGUAUUGUCAAGGCCAAUCCGGAUGGUACACAGCAAGAGAUUUUGCUGACCUCCGGCCUAGACGCUCCCGAGGAUUUGGCAGUAGACUGGCUAACUGGCAACAUUUAUUUUUCGGAUAAUGUUAUGCAUCAUAUUGCGGUCUGCUCGAAUGAUGGCCGCUAUUGCACUGUCCUGGUCACCGAUGAUGUUCAUCAACCGCGCGGAGUGGCUUUGUGGCCUCAACGUUCCCAGAUAUUUUGGUCCGAUUGGGGUGUAAUACCCAUGAUUGCCCGUGCCUCCAUGGAUGGCACCAAUUCCAUACGCCUGGUAACCGAUAAAAUCCAUUGGCCCAAUGGUGUAGCUUUGGAUAUGUACAAUGAUCGGGUGUAUUGGGUUGAUGCCAAACUGGCCACAAUUGAAAGUGUUCGAUCGGAUGGCAAAGAUCGCCGCACUGUCCUAGAGGAUAUCCUGAAACAUCCCUAUGGCUUGGCCAUAUUUGAGGAUAAACUUUACUGGUCCGACUGGGGCACAAAGUCAAUACAUUCGUGCAACAAAUUCACUGGCAAGGAUCACAAAAUCAUAACCAAAGAUCGCACCAUUUAUGCGGUGCAUAUCUACCAUUCGUCGAAGCAAAAGAAAGUCGCCCAUGAAUGUGAAAGGGCCCGCUGCUCUCAUUUGUGUCUGCUGGCCGAGAACAAUCGUUAUAGUUGUGCCUGUCCAGAUGGUAUGCAGUUGGGUCCAGAUCAUUUGCGUUGCAUUAAGACCCACAAGAAGCAGCGUCUGUUCCUGGGAGUUCGAAGCAAUCUCGUCGAAAUGGAACACACAACAUUUGGUCGCCACACAGUUUCGUCCACACAUAAUUUGGACCUGUUCAUCCAUGAAAUGGCCUACAACAAUAUCAACAAUACGGUUUUUGUUGCGGACAACUAUCAACACGUGAUUGGAGAAUUCAAUUUAAAGGGACAGUACAUGACGAAAUUGGUGCGUGCCAAUUUGGGCAAUGUUACCGGUUUGGCUUUUGAUCACUUGUCAUAUUCUUUAUAUUGGAGUGACUCAGAGAGACAUGUUGUUGAAGUUCUCUCGCUGCAAACGAAACAACGAGCCAUUGUUUCGUUUUUCUCUGGCAUAGAGGUUCCCAUAGGUCUGGCUGUCAUACCGGAUGAUGGAAUUAUGUUUAUUGCGUUGAGAUCGCGACACCAUGUCCACAUCGAUCAGAAAUCGUUAAGUGGCACGGGGGAACACACUCACGCCUUCGAAGAUGAGUUGGGCGAUGAUGAUAUUCGUUUUGCCACCGAUUUUGAAACAAAGACCCUCUAUUGGGCCGAUAGUGAUUUUGGUCGUAUCUCCUUUUCCGAUUAUCGCAAUUUAAGGGCCUACACUUUUCGCGGUCGCCUAAAACGUCCAUAUUCCAUUGCCAUUGUUGAUGAAGACUUGUUCUGGACAGAAUUGAAUUCAAAUAUUAUCCAUUGGACUCACAAAAGCAACAUGGGACCAUUGAAACGUUUCGAUAUUGAAGUAAAUCGAGAAUUGUAUAGCAGUGUAUCAUUGCCUGCCAAAAUUCCCAUAUUGGCUAGUUCGUCACCAAUUGUUGUGGAUCAUCCCUGCCAGCAUUGGAAUGGUGGUUGUUCACACAUUUGUGUGACUCUGGGUAAAUUUGCCUCGGCAUGCCUUUGUCCGGCCGGUUUGGUAUUUCGCGAUGCCACCAAUCGUAGCUGUAUUGAGGCACUAGAUUGUGAAUUCCGUUGUAAUUCUGGCGAAUGUUUGACAUUGUCGAGAAAAUGUAAUGGACGUAAAGACUGUCCCGACGGUUCGGAUGAAGAGAAUUGUGAAAAUGGCAAGGGUCAUAAGCCACAAGUUAUCUGUACCAUGGGCGAAUUUAGAUGCCACAAUGGUGAGCAGUGUGUGGAGGGCGAUCAACGCUGUGAUGGCAAGAAACAAUGCCAAGAUGGUUCCGAUGAGGAGCAUUGCGAGAAAUUCGAUAAAUCCAAAUUCUGCCACCGUCAUCAACAUGUCUGUGAUAAUGGCAAUUGCGUGGACUUUAGUGUUAUGUGUGAUGGUUUCAAUGAUUGUGGCGAUAAUUCAGAUGAGGCCGACUGUCGCCUGGCCCGUGGCAAAGAUGUGACCAACCCCAGGCGUAUAUGUGGCCCAGAUAUGUUCCAGUGCAAUUCCGGCACCUGCCUCUCAAAGAGUUGGGAAUGUGAUGGAAAAAUUGAUUGCAAAGAUGGUUCCGAUGAGCAUGAGAAGUGUGGAAUUCGAGAAUGCCCUCCGAACAUGCACAAAUGCCUGUUGGGCCAAUGUAUUGAUCGACGGCUGGUGUGCGAUGGCAACAAUGAUUGUGGCGACACUUCGGAUGAAAUGAAUUGCGACAUGACGGCGGGUAAAAAACGUAAAAUGGCUUGCGGUGAUGAUCGCGUGCCUAUGUUUGAGUGUCCGAGUGAUCCAAAUGUUUGCCUAGAUAUGUCGGCCAAAUGCAAUGGCACGGCCGAAUGUCCACGAGGCGAGGAUGAGGUAGACUGCGGCAAUAUUUGUAGCAUCUAUGAAUUCCAUUGUAAGACUAGCAAGGAAUGCAUUCGCAAUGAAUUCAGAUGUGACCACGAGAAAGAUUGUGCCGAUGGUUCGGAUGAAGAGAACUGUGAUCAUCAUGGAGCCUGGAAUCGUACCGCAAAUACAAAACAUUCUCAUGAAAUGGCUUGUGGUCCCAACAUGUUCGACUGUAAAGAUGGACAGUGUGUUGAUGAGUCACGGGUCUGCAAUGGUUUCGAUGAUUGUGACACGGGCGCCGAUGAAGGCCCCCUGUGUAAGACCGCCUGUGAUGCCCAGGCGGGCCAUCCUGUGUGCCAAAACAAAUGUCGUCCCACACCCUCGGGGACGGUUUGUUCAUGUUUCAGUGGCUACAAACUUGAUGCCGAUCAUCGCAGCUGCUUGGACAUCAAUGAAUGCCAAGAGAUGGAUCCAUGUGCCCAGUUAUGUGAAAAUACCAUGGGUUCUUAUCGUUGUUCUUGCUUCCCUGACUUUAUGAUGCGUCCCGAUAAGACUUCGUGUAAAUCUAUUGAAAGCGAAAGAUCAUUGUUGUUCACCACCUUUGACGAGGUACGCAGUAUGACAGAACAACCGAUUGUCUUGAAGGUAGCCUGGAAGGCCAACGAUUCCAAGGUUCUAGGAUUCGACGUUAAUAUACGUUUGCGUAGAGGUUAUUUCACCACAGAGGGUGAGAAUGUUUUGUAUAUGGUCGAUAUUGAUAGUGGUGAGAUUAAGGCGGCCUUGGAAGUUCAAAUGCCAAGCAAAGUCGGCGUGGAUUGGAUAACGGGUAAUGUCUAUGUGAUCAGUCGCGCGGAGCAGUAUCAAAUUGAAGUUUGCUCAUUUACGGCCAAAAUGUGCGGAGCGGUGAUAAAAGUUCAGCCAAGAGAAACAAUAAAAACACUCGCCGUGGAUGCCUACAACAGACGGCUGUUCUUUGUCAUUAUGCAAGCUCACACCUUUGGCAGUCAUCGAUCACGCAUAACCAUGACUAGCCUAGAUGGUGGUGGUAAACGCGAUUAUUUACUGAAUAAAGAUAAUACCUUUAUUACCACGCUAGCCUGUGAUCCCUACAAGAAAAUCCUUUACUAUACAGAAUCGUUGAGUAAAACUCUACAGGCCAUUAGCUAUGGAUCGGGCUCGAGUCGCACACCCACAACACUCAUACAAAAAGGCAAUGUGGUGAUACAUCCUUCAGGUUUGACAUGGUAUGAAAAUCAAGUUUUCAUUGUGAAUAUGGGAGCUCGAGAAGCGGUACGCUGUUACCUCUAUGGCUCGAAGACAUGCAAGGCCUUCAAUUUGAAUAUUCUCAAUGCCGAGGAUAUUUUGGUGGAUGGCAUUUCAAGGCAACCGAUGAAUAGAAAUCCCUGCACCAUGGCCAAAUGUCGUGGUAUGUGUGUUCAAACAGAGUUCAGCUAUGAAUGUAUGUGUGGCGAUUCUAUAGUUAGUGAGAGUAAAUACUGCGAUUCGAACAAUGAAAUCUCCACGAGUGCCCUGCUCAAAAACCGUGCCAAUGCGGCCGAAGAUGGCGAAGGCUCAUCGCAUGCUGUACUCUUUGUUAUGCUUAUGCUGCUGGCAGUCGCACUGACAAUUUGUGGUUUGGGAAUCCGUUAUCGUCACUGCUGCCGCAUCAGAGAAGUACCAAGACCUCAACCCUGGACAGUGGACUCAUCAGCAACGGAACGGGAAGUUCGACGGGAACCACAACGGCAUCGUUUGAUGUCGACAACGAUCGGAUGUUCUUUGGGUCGAAAAUUCAAAAAUUUCUUCGCGGUUCGACGACCAACAAUAAUACGGAAAUUCUCCUCGAAACGGCCAAGCCUCAGGAAAUUUGCGCCAUGGAAAAGAGUCGACAAUCCAUUGCCCUUGUACCAAAUAUCAUGGUUGAGGAACCCGACAAUGAUAUCACCCGAACAGUGGGAGAUUAUGACGAUGAUGCGAGAGCCAGGCUGGUACCCUAGAUGAGAGAAGUCAUUCAUAAUUUUCUCUCCAUUUUUUUGUAUGCGAAUCAAAUUUGUUUUUUUUUUUAUUUGUUGCCAGUGUAAACGAUGUAUUAU